GGACUCAACACUACGGAUAAAUCCAAAUACAGCGACAGUCACUGAUUGGUCCUAGCACUCGGCGUCAUGUUGAACCGCUUACCAUCACUCCUCAGGUUACAACUAAAACUACCCUAGAUAUGAGUUAAAGCCGCAUCUCCCGACCACCACAUACCACAUUGAAAAGCAUUAAAAUGUCUUUCAUAUUUGAGACUUUGCACUCCUGGUUUCGGCCCACGCUUGUGGCUCUAUUUAAGCGCAAUAUUCCUUGGAACCUGCGUUGGCGGCUCUUCUUUCUACAGCAAAUGACCCUCAUCUCCUACUCUAUCGCAGCCAUCCCGUAUAUAUUCUCCCGCCCAUUCACCGUUGAGCGUCUGCCAAUCGCACCUGGACUGUCUAUUCGUGCUCUGAUUCACAAAGCAGCUGGUGUAGGCCGAGGUCGUAAGCUUAGGCCAUUGCAUGUGGAGAUUCAUGCCGGCGCGUUUGUUGGAGGUAUCCCCGAUGGUCUAUCCGUGUUUGACAACCGCAUCGCCAAAGAGACGGGCGCAGUCGUUGUGAGCAUCACGCAUCGGUUCGCGCCCGAACAUGUCUUUCCGACGGCUAUUGAUGAUGUGGAUACCGCAAUUAGAUGGCUUCACGGGAAUGCUGAAGCUCGAUGGGGUGCGGACCCUACGUUGAUGACUAUCAGCGGGUUCUCGGCUGGUGGAAAUCUUGCCCUCGCGGCGACUCAACAGGAGAGCUGCCACUCUCCCUCCCCCACAGCGAUCAAAGCCAGCGUCAUCUUUUAUGCCCCCAUCGAUCUACGGCUCAGGCCGCAAGAAAAGCCAAGGCCCGCCGACUUUCCCAAACGGGACCCCGCGGAAGUGCUGCUUCCCUUGUUUGAUGCGUACGCAAGCCCGGCGCGAGCAACCCAUCUCAACAAUCCGAGAUUGAAUCCCGUGCUCGCAAAGAGGGAGACACUCCCGGAGCGGAUGCUGUUUGUGAUUCCGGCAAUCGAUAUCGUAGUGGCGGAGCAGAUGGCGUUUGCGGAGCGGAUCAACGGCGAAGACCAACAGAAUGGGGAAACCCCGAGAGUCGAAGUCCUAUACGAGGAGAAGGGGUUCCAUGGGUACCUAGAACGUGAGUUGUCCAUGUAAUUGUAAGUCGUUGCUAACCGGAGUAGUCCCUGAUUUAAUUAUCAAGAAGGAAGUCAAGGACAAGGCGUUUGGUAGGGCUGUGAAGUUGCUGAGAGAGACGUAUGAGAAGCACGGAUGGACCUGGGAGGGCUAAUAUGUGCUGGCCGCUGUUUAUCUUUUUCGCUGAUAAUCCGGGCCUGGUUGCACCUCCAUUCUUGUACGAGUAUAGCGUUGUAUUUGAUAGUGAAUGCCAACAAUUCC